GUGAAGUCUGAAAAUACAUAUACUGUGUUCUAGAUCCUUUCUUCAAAUGUUGCAGUAAACACUACAUUGCCUUUAAAGGCAGUAAGGAGUGGUGUUUAUACUGGUGCUAAUUUCUUAAAUAAAUUACACGCUGGUUCAUAUACCUGCUUUCUGAGCUCUUUGAAUUUUAAAAGGUUAAGACAAAGGUUAAGAUUUACUUCUUUAAAUUCUUGCUGAAAGGUAAAUCCAGGUGUUGGGUUCUAUAUACUGUAGAACCUUUAAUGAUUUCCUCAGGAGAACCCACUAAAGAAAACUUUAAUGUGCUGGAUGCUGGUGGAUUGAAUGAAGUAAAGCUUCUCUAUUCAUUUGCUGGUAAGGAGAGUAGACCAGCACACUGUGCCUCUUGCUAUCUGCUCUGAUUGGAGCCAUCAGUUGAAGAUUGAAGUCAGCUGUGUUGGUUUGGGGAGAACCAGCAGUGAAUUAUACUUGAUGCAAGGUUAAGGAUAAUGUCUGGUGAUUCAAGAGGAAAGAUCUCUGAAAUUGCUCCAAGAUCAUUUGAAAAUUCCUAUGGUCUUUUUCAAAAAUAUGCAGAUGGAGCAUCAUCAAUAUUGUCAACACCUUGCAAGGAUGCAGAGGAGUGUGACAGUUGGCAACAGUUCAGAUUGUUCCCAUCCAGCUCUUCUGAGAUAAGCUAUGGUUCCUAUGAAUUCUUUGGUCUUGGAGCCCCAAAUGCUGGACAUGAUGUAAGUUCCUGUGAUGGCACACAGACUGCUGCUCUGAUGGAUGAUAUGCUGUUAGACUGCCAUUUGCCUUAUCGAGGUUCCUCUAGGAGGUCCAGGUCACCAUUUUCAGACAGUGAUAGCAGUCAGCACACCUCCUUCAGCGAUAUGUCAGGAUCGUCCACUUUAUUUGACACACCAUGCACAAAGCCUAGACCCAUCGGCUCGCGUGGGAGAGGAGGGGAUACUGCUGCAAUGUGUAGAGCGAAAAGCAGAGGGAUCUUCAGGUCGACAGGUGCUAAUAACAUCCAGAGCUUUUAUUCAAACAUGACCACAUCAGCAUCUCGUGGCACAAAACGGAUGCUGAUGGCUCCAGUUCCUCCGGGCAAGUUUGCCAAGAAGCAGAGGGUUGAAAUGAGCAUCAGAGCAGGACUGAAUUUUGCAAAGGACAGUCAUAUUUCCUCUGAUGGAAAGGAUGUGAAAGAAAAAGAAGCUGUGGAGGAGAAGCGUGUUCGAGUCAGAGAGAAGAGAAGACGUAGACGAGAGAAGAACUGCGAGAAAUAUGGAGACAAGCACAGACUAGCUUUCACAUGUGCCUUUUGUAAAUUUCGCACGUUUGAAGACAAAGACAUUGAGAAGCAUUUUGGAAGCACAUAUCACCAGGAAACACUGGACUACAUUCGGCGGCAGGCCAAGUUUGAUGACCGGGUCAUUAGCUUUCUCCAUGACUGUAUGGUACACAAGUUUCGUAAGACAGUGUCCGCUCUGUGCAAGCUGCGCAGCCUUUCAGAACAGAAAGCAAACCAGAAAGUGAUGGAAGGGGUGACUGAGGAUGACUACAUGAGGAAGGUGGAAGUGGUGCACUGUAUGGCCUGCAACAUUUACAUUCCUGCUGUCUUUACUUCUGUCCAGCAACAUCGCCGUUCCCCUCUACACCUAAAAACCAAAGUGGUCUACAAAGAGCAGCUGAAACGGGAGAGUGUAUUGACGGCUAAAGCCAUAAUAAACAAUGACACUGUUAAAAGCCGCUAUGAGAAAUACAUCAAGGGAGAAGAUCCUUUUGUAGUGGAUGCCAAAGACACAAGCUCAGAUUUGUCUGAACCUGAGGAUGAUAAGAUGGAAAACGAGGACUAACGAACAUUCUCUGAUGCUUGAUAUACAUGUUUGCUUAAUCCAUGUGAUUUCAUUUAACAUUAGGAUCUGUAAAGGUCUCAUGUUGUGUUGCUCCUUUAUAAGUAGCAAAAAUAGUUCAGGUGGAGUUGGUACCUCUCAAUGUAAGUGUUAAUCACUCAGUUAAACAUUAAUGGCAGAGUUUCAGGUGAUAUACUGUAAUAUUGAAAUAGAGGUGGUUACUGUUAAGUAUUGCAUUUUGUACUGUCGUAUGUUUACUGUUGUACUGAAAUGACACAUCACCCACGUCCCCAUCUCAUCGUCCUAAAUCAUCCAUUCACUCGUUAUGUAUCUUUGCAACAUAGGUAAACAGUAUGAAACUGCACAAGCCAGAUCUGUUCAUUUGUGUGUAUAUAAGUUAUGGAUAAAAUAGAUAUGAAUAUAAUAAACAAAAAGAAUUGAUACCUAACCUAAAUGGUGAAUGAUCGUUUUUAAACACGAUGAGCAUUUUGGUUAUUAAAGUGACUUAAUGAUUUUUAGACUGAUGAAUCAAACAGCUGGCCAGGACAUACAGAUCUGUCAGUCAUCUAUAAACAAACAGGUUCCUUCUUAUUGUUUUAUGUUUCUUACAACAAUCUGAUAACCUUAUAUUGAACAAAAAUAUUUUUCUAGAAAGAUUUGUCAGUCCCACACAUGUACAUUGACUUCUUUAUGGAGAUAAGCACAAUAAAGUGCUCUUCUGAUUCA